AUGGAGGAGAUAGGCGACCCACAUUUCAAACGUGAAAGACCUGCAUCAUACGGGCAGCCUCCAUCGCUACCCAUGCCGCCAACCGAAGCACCACACUUGCAUACCUACCCUCAUCCUGCUCCACAAGGUGCUCCAAUGCACCCUCAUUGGAACCCAGCUCCUUCACCUUACCAUGAUGGCCAUGAUCAUAGACCAAUUCCAGAUGGGCCCCCACCUCAUCACGUCCCUCAUUCAUAUCCACCACCGCAGAACUAUGGUCCUCCACCUCACAGUCAGACACCUACCUACCCACCUGAUCCUGGGUAUAGCCGCCAGAAUAGUGUUUCUGGUCCAACACGUUCGCCGCCAAGUGCACAACCAUCGCAUUACUCAACAACGGUGAAUGGUGCUCCUCAUCCUUCUGAGGCGUAUUACCCUCCUCCUCCUGCUGACUACCGAAGUCGCCAGUCAUAUCCACCCCCUGAGAGUCCUGCAAGUGCUCAGCCUCAGCCUGUCCUCCAUGUACAGACCACUAAUCAUGAAAUAAUGCCCACCCAACCACAACACCAGGGACCACCGCCGGGUUACCCACCACCUCCUUCGUCAGGACCUCCUCCUACACCAGGAUAUUGGCCUCCUCCGCCUCAUGCGGAUUGGUACCAGCAGCAGAGACGAAAACCUGUGCGAGCAGCGCAAGCAUGUGACUCCUGCCGUCAGCGAAAGGCCAAAUGCGAUGAAGGUCGCCCGGAAUGCACACAUUGUAAGGAGAACUCUCUCAGGUGUACUUAUAGAGAUGUUCCGCCUCAGAAAUCUGAGAAGCAGAUGUUGCACAUGACUGAAAAAGUGGAUGGGCUAGCUAGUCAGCUUGAGAGCUAUAUUAGGUCGACUGACGACAAACUAAAUGCGGUGGAUGAGAAACUGGAUAACCUUAUUGCCAGUGUCCAACUCAUUGCUUCUCAAAGAUCAGUAUCCGACUCACGACCCGAGGCGAGCAUACCAAUGACUAAGACUAGAUCUCGACCUCAGACGAAGGAGGAACCUCGCUCAAACUCCUCGGCUCAAUUACACCGGCAUGAUUUCAUCAACGCACCUUUCAUGCAGGGUGGCAUGGUCGAUGCCAACGCUGCGGUACAUGUAUAUACUGCUUCGACACCGAAACAGAGGGGUCCCAUGGGCGCGUCAGAUCUACUCAUGUGGCCUUCAAUUCAAGACUUGGCACCCAAGGACAUAGCUUCGACGUACGUCAUGGAUGGUGAGGCGCAGAGAGGUUUGUUGAGACUCUACGGAUGCGGUGAAGGAGAAGACAAAGGCGAUGGGCACGAUGGUGCGCCGAGUCCUGCUGCAAGCAACAACUCGUCAGGUCGCAUGGACGAGGAUGGAACGAACUCAUCACCUAGUGGGGUGUGGGGAACAGGGCAAUUACCUCAUCGAGAGGGCAACCACCAGCCCGUAUACGACCACCCAGGAGGUGUAACUCCAGGAGGACAAUUGCUACUGGAUCGCACAGCGGUCGACGGGCAUGUGAAAAGUUACCUCGAACACAUGCAUAUUCUUCACCCUUUCCUUGAUGCACGUGUGCUUCGAAAGAUGGUUCAUACAUUCAAGCUCAAGUACAGUUGGGACUUUCCUAGUGUUCCUCGUCUGGCACACAACGUCAUCACUGGGACAAAGAGGAAGAGGGACACAAGUGAGUCACCUAACUCGACGGCGGAUGUUCUACAUGCCGUACCACCUCACAACGGAGUUCGGUCUGGACUGCCGCAGUCUCAAAUUGAACACUCAGUGUCCAACGCUAUUGUAUUGCUUGUUAUUGCUUUGGGCAAGAUCUGUGCCUAUGAGAAGCCGUUGCCAGGCCCACCAAAAAGCUCUUCAGUCACAUCAAACAGUCGGGUGCCUCAACAGCAACCGUUGCUUGGGUACGGCGACUUUCCACCCUCAUCUUCCGCACCAACCUCGCCGUAUACUGGAUCUCACAUCAAUGGUGUGCCUUCUGGAUCUACUGUAUCUGGGUUGCAGGGCAAGAACAUGGAUGUCAUACCUGGAUUGGCAUAUUUUGCGAAAGCAGCGGACAUAUUGGGCGAGCUUCCUGGUGGGGUCGACGUUUCGCACAUUCAGGCCAAUCUACUCGCAGGGCUUUAUAUGGGACAGAUAGCUCGGAUCAUCCCUAGUCAUUGGUAUAUCAACAACGCAUGCAGAGCAGUGCAGAUAUUGAUCAGGUCGGCAGAGUAUAGGGAGAAGAGAAUGUCAGAGGAGCGGCGAAAUCUCAUUAAUUUUGCCUUUUGGAGCUGUUUGCAGCUAGAGAGUGACAUAUUGGCUGAGAUGGACAUUCCUCCAAGUGGAAUCGUCGCAAGAGAGGCAGAUAUGCUGCUUGAGGUCCCUAGUGCUUUGACGAUCGGAACAGCAGAUGUGGAAAGAGAGAAAGAAGAAGUUUCGUCGAACCCGAGAGAAGCGUACCGACGAGAGCAGAACAUUAUUCAUCGACAUUACUCGAACCAGAUACAGCUUAGAAGAACUAUCAACGACGCGGUCCAUAACGUUUACAGCAACACUAGAGAGCCGAGCGAUGGAAAACCUCCACAACUCAUCACGACACUCGACGAGAACCUUGAAAAUUGGCGAAGUUUGCUUGAGCAUGGCUGGAACUGGGAAGACGAAGAGCACGAAAGCCAAGAUAUCAACCACGCUCGCAUGCGAGGCAAAUACUACGGUGCCAAGUACAUUAUCAACCGUCCAGCGUUGCACUAUGCAUUGUCUCUUGCUCAUCCCGCAACACCUAUGAGUCGACCGUCUGAAUCACCACUUGGAGGCAGUUCUCAUUCCGAAAACACAUCACCAGCUGUAUCCCACCAUGUCAGCUCGCUCGCAACAUAUCGUCGAGUGAAUGAAAUGCGGCCACCUCUAUCGCGGAGCGUGGAGAAUUUGGAACCAUGGAUUCGCGACGCAUGUGAGAGAUGCAUUCACGCUGCAAUCAAGAGCACCACGGCGUUCGAUCGUGUGCCUCCACGUCUUGUCGUCACCAGCAUUCUGAGCACAGCACACGCGCAAUUUGGCAACGUGCUUGUACUUGCCGGGACGUUCAAUUCGACCAGCCCUUUCCUGAAGUCGCUCGUACCAGAGGAGAUCCUACGCUUCUUGCUGACACGAACGAUUAGGUUUUUGGAUGACAAAGCACCUAUAUCUCCCGCGCUCGAAGAAGAUGCUCGAAUCUUACGGUUUGUACAGGGCAAGUUGUUCCCACUACGCACAGGCACAACUUCUCAACCACAUAUCAGCAGCGCGAACUCAAGUUUCUCCUCCAAUCGUUGA